CUAUUUGCUUGCUACAUGCACAAUAUUCUGAAUAUCCUGUUGAUGAUAAUACCGUAAAGUUGAUAAUGACUGUAAAAUAACGUAAGUUAUUUGUUUACUUUUUGGCACUUUACAAGCGUAAAGGAAGAUGUCUAUUAUGUUGGAACCUGACGAGGUAGACGAUGGAUACUUUACUCCAGUCGCAAGUACUACCCUGGCAAGCAUUUUCAAAGAAGAUUCCAGUAAUGACGCAGCAGUUAAUCCUUCCCUCAAAUACAAACCUCCUCAACUAAAGAAGACAGAAGAGUGUAGUAAGCCUGAUGAUGCUAGUACUUCACAAUGUGUGUUUUCAUGCUCAAUCAUCGCUUAUGAAUGGGUACAAGGAAACCACAAAUGUAAAGGGAAGGUUGGUUUUGCUAUGAUGAAAAUAGUAAAAAGUGGUUUGUGUAAAAUGAUACUUUACAGCCCAGAUAAAUCUACACUAUCCUGCACAACAAUCACACCACAGCUAGAAGUAACUAUGUCAUCAGGGGCCAUGAUAUCAUACUAUGACAAUCAUAAAAAAUAUUGGGGGUUGUGUUUUAAUGACAAAAAUAUUGAACGAGUCAAAGAACUAUUUAAAAAAGAAAAUGUUGCUAUAAAGCCUUACAUAAGUCCUGAAUUUAAACCUGAGGUAGAAAUACUUGAGAGUGAUGAAGCCACUGAUGAAACUGGAAAUAGCAGUACAACUGAGGAUAGCACUGCCAUGUCUGCCACAUCACAGAUUGAUAAAGCCUCCAUUCUGAACAGAAUUGCUAAUGUAGGCCAUGCAAUAUUACCAUCAUUACCAGGAAGUCCUGUAAAAAAACCAACUUCAAUAGAAGUAACAAACACUCCCAACCAGCAUGGUCCAGCAGAUCAAUCAAAAGUUUUACCAGAAGUCAGCAUUGGGAAAGAACAUAAUAAUAUAUCAAUGCCAGACAUCAAUAAAAGUAUUUCAGUACAGGCAGGUCAAAAUAAUGCAGAAGCAAACAACAGGAAUGAAUGUCGUCAAAUAACAGUAACAAGUGUACCUUUAGUCAAUAAUCAAAUAUUUACUUAUGUUAAUGGAUAUAUGGUACCAUUGCAUAUGCAGGUGCCUGUCAUAGAUAAUAUUAAUGGUGAUGACACUUGUGCAGAAAUAGAACUCAUCAUACACAAACUUACUCAUCUAAAGAGUGUUGUAAGGACAAUGGAAACGAAAUAUACACAAAACAUGGAAAAGUCCCAAAGUGACCAAGUUUUUAAGAAAAUAUCUGAUUUGGAACAGUUGAUUAGAGAAAAGGAUGAAACUAUUAAGCACCUUGAAAAUGUGAAACAGGAAUUAACUGACCGUGUAAAUAACUUGAAUGAACAAGUACAAAAAACAAACCAGGAUUUGGAAAGGAAUACAAAGAUUCUUGACAAUGAGGAGCAUAUGCUCAUAAACAGAAAGAUUAAAACUCUUAUGAACAAUACAUUCCAUUCACUUGCCAGCAAUUUUGACAAUGAAGUUAAUUAUACUGGGAACUAUGUAAAAGGAAUAUUAGCAGCUGUUAUAAAAAAAAUUACAAUUGACUCAUUAGUAAAUUUGUUUUCCAAUGAUGCAAGUAAUUCUAACAAAGGAGUUAAUUAAGCUAAUAUAGAAAUUGGCUUUAUAUGAAGGUGUAUACUGAGAAUUAAGUCUGACUACCUUUACCACAACAUUAACAUCAUUCAUUCAUCUAUUUCUCUCUCUAUCACUCUUGCAAAUCAAAAGGAUUGAAGAAAUGUAAUAGAUUUGAUCGAAACAUAAAAGAAACUGUAAAACUUAAAAAGUAUAUUUUACAGUACAUAUGGUCCUACUUUCCCGCACUAGUGGGGGAAACAGCACUUUCCGUGCGUAUGUCAAAAGUUUAAAGGGCCAUAUGUACUGUAAAACGUUGUACGAUACACGUGCGAAUAGGUAAUUCGCAACUCGUGUCGAUUUAAAACGUGUAUUAAUUUAUCGCUACUCGUUUCGAAUUUCCUCUUUUCCCCACUUGUAUCGUAAAUAACUAUUUCACCAAUAUAGUUUUCGGUCAAUCAUAAAAUUGAAGGCAAUGGUUUGCUCAGUGCCUUCCAGACUUCAUCCUUCAUCUCCGUCUAAUGGGAGGAAUACUCACACAUAGAAAAACACUCACGGUGUGACACAUGACUUGCAGUAACGUGACCAAAUGAGAUUAUAAAUAAUACAGUUCAUAAUAAUUCAAAUAUAGGGAAGUGCAACACUGAAACUAUAAGCAAUAAGUAUUCCAAGUUAACUCUACUAGGCUAAGAAAUAACAUGUAUACAAGGGUUUUAUU